GAAUUAUGGCUUGUAAUCAUAUCCCUGUUAUUCAUUGGUCUGGGAAUCGCAUCAAAACUGGUCACAGCAUUCAUCAGCGCUUUGCACGACUCAAUACAUCGACGAGGUUUUGCCGACGAUAUAUCCACCUAUGGAUUAGUGUCUGCGAUGUUCUUCUGCGCCUGUAGUAUAGGUGCAUUCAUCGGUCCCUCUUUGGGUGGUUUCCUAUUGGAUAGAAUUGGUUAUCGAAAGGCGAUUCUCGUUAUUCUGGUCGUCGAUAUUGUUAUGGUAUUAUUUCAUUUGAUUUAUAUGACUGCCAGAAGACUACAAAAGUCCGACAGAGACGACGAACUCCGACCACUUCUCGCAAAUUAACUGUAUUUUAAUUAUUAGUGAAAUUAAUUUUAGUGUUUUUUAAUUUUCUAUUUAUUUAUAUCGCAUUUAUUAUUCAUUUUUAUUAAAUAAUUUGUCAUUAACUUUUGCACAAAUAAAGUAUUGCUUUUUUAAA